AUGGAUUUUAUGCUGGUUGAUAUGCCUUUCUUCCUCAACACCAUUGGGGAGGAAAGACAUAUUCAACUCCAUAGGAGUCAUGGUAUUACAGCUGCAACUGGUGAGGUGCCUGCAUCUUUCCCGGGGUGUAUGACAAUGAUAAUUGAAUCGCUUCAAAACUAUGAUCUCUCUUAUACAUCAUUAUUCAGAAGAGGAGAAGUGCAUUCGAUCCCAUCAUCCAUUCAGGGGGCUGCAUCGAUGAUGUCCUCAGCAUCACUAGACAACUCUAUAUCUGACAUGUAUCGUUCUCCUCCAAGGCCCUUGCCUUAUGAUGCUGACCCCAGAUACAUCCGCUUGCAACGGGAUGGGUUGAUUUCUAGGCGCGAGAAAGGCUCAAGUCAUUCUCAUGAGGAGGCUGAACCUCUAAGAAGUGAUACUGAUGCAGAUUCUGAAUGUUUGAGUACAGGAGAAAAAUGGAAUGGGUCUGCUUGUGAAGAUGGAGUAAAAGAACAUCGUUCCAAGUCCUCAAUGAAGUUCUCAUCAGCAAAAGCUACAACUGUAGUGGGGAACUUUUAUAUAUCAUCAGAAGACGAGGAUGUCUGUCCAACAUGUCUUGAAGAAUAUACUCCAGAAAACCCCAAAAUAAUGACAAAAUGCUCUCAUCAUUUUCACCUUGGUUGUAUAUAUGAGUGGAUGGAGAGAAGUGAAAGCUGCCCUGUUUGUGGCAAGGUGAUGGUAUUCGAUGAAACGACUUAA